AUGGCCGAGCUUGUAUUUGAGCAGGUUGGUGGUAGGUGUAAGCUCUCUUCUCCGGAUGACUUUAUCAGCCACCUGACCAACGACGUGGCGAAGCCUCGCCGCAAGAGCUCGCUCAAUGGCCAGUGGCUGAAACAUCAGCAGAGCUUGCAGGAGCAGGCAAAGAUUGCGGACUUCUUGAGGAGGCAUCGCUUCAUGGACGACUUGGAUGCCCCAAAAUUUUCUUGCCUGGGUUUCAAGUACACCUUUCCACUGGUGGAGGCCGCGCGAGCAGAGGACGGCCUGAUGGUGCUUCUGCUGAUCCGGUUCGGAGCGGACCUGUAUCAGAAGAACCAUUGGGGCUACACCGCCUUCGACUACAUCAAGUCCAAGGCGCUGCGCCGCAAGGCUCACUCGCUGCAUCUGAAGAUUCGGCUCGGCCUAUGA